AUUUUAUUUACUCCAGAAUUAUCAGCUGGGUAGGUCUCAAUUUGUCAGCAAUGGCCCGAGAACCAAACAUUUCAGAAGCUGAAAGCACCAGCAACUCAUCGUCAUGUUCGUCUGGAUUGUUGCAGACUCGCCCGAAUUCAACCGCCAACACACUCAACACCAAAACCAAGAAGCCCAGCCGAGAGCAGCAGCAAGUAGUACUCAAAAGAAAGAGAGAUGAUGACAGCAACAACAACAGCAGCAAACACCCAGUUUACAGAGGAGUUCGUAAGCGCAACUGGGGAAAAUGGGUGUCGGAAAUUCGCGAGCCGCGCAAGAAAUCAAGAAUCUGGCUGGGCACAUUCUCAACGCCUGAGAUGGCGGCCCGUGCGCAUGACGUGGCCGCCCUCAGCAUUAAGGGCAACUCGGCCAUUCUGAACUUUCCAGAACUGACCGAGUUGUUGCCACGGCCAGCGUCCCUUACACCUCAAGAUAUCCAGGCUGCCGCGACUAAAGCAGCAGCCAUGGUUAAUUUAAAUUCUACAACAUCAUCAUCGUUAUCAUCGUCGUCGUCCUCAUCUUCCGUCUUGUUGUCCCAGUCCAAGGGUUCGGACUCUGAGGAGCUAGGGGAGAUUGUGGAGUUACCCAAUAUCGAGGGCAGUUUCGACUCGCCCGAGUCGAGGAACGAGUUCAUACUGGUGAAUGACUCAUUGGAUGGGUGGGUGUAUCCAUCAUUGGGGCUCGAGGGAGUUGAGUUAAACUUGUGGGGAUUUUUCUCAUCAGAUAGUAGCAGCUGAGAGAACUUAAUACUCCCAGAAACUCGGAGGGUCUAGUAAUGUGGGUUGUUCGAAUGACUCAAUCGGUGUGCAUAGCUUUUCUUAGUUCUUCAUCUACAAGAUUGCUGGUUUUAUAUGGUCUAUAUAAUUCAUUGUGCAAGUUGUUUGGCUACUUGUGCUAACUCGCUGGUCACAACUGUCAUUGUAAUAUAAUUCAUACCCUAUAUAUAU